UUAUCGUUUUUUUCUUUGGCCUCUUUCAAACCUCGUGGCUCGAUAAGGAAACCCAAGGGAAAAUUAAACCUUCAAGUUAUGAGAGUGCCUUUCGUUUAGAGUUUAGACUUCAGGUUCAUAGUCAGAUAGUCUGGUCAAGUUGUGCAAGAGUAAAUAAGAGGUUUGAAUGCUGAUCCUAAGACGGUUCUUAACAAUCGGCCACAACAGAAUCUGGGUGAAGAUGUCAGAUUCCUUGUCGCCUCCAGAGAAUGUGAGAGUUGUAAUGAGUCCACCAAAAACAGCAGGGGUCAUCAUUAUCGGCGAUGAAGUGCUCAAAGGACAAGUCGAAGAUAAAAACUUGCAUUUUUUGGCAAAGAAACUUACCAAAUUGGGAAUUCGCCUUUGCAAGGUUUCGGUGAUUGGAGACUCAGUAGAUGAGAUAGCAAAGGAAAUAUCAGAAUUUUCAUCAAAGUACGACCAAGUGAUAACGACUGGAGGUAUUGGUCCAACUCAUGACGAUGUAACAUAUGAGGGCCUAGCUGCAGCGUUCAACGAUGUACUCAUCGUGAACAAAGAAAUGGCAGAUUUCUGGACGUGGUUCAAUAAUGACAUCGAUGGCCAAGCGAGAAAGUCCACGAUUAAAAUGGCCACUGUACCGUCUAACGCCACGAUACAGUACACCAAUCUUAAAGAACACAUAUCACCGAGGAAAUUCCCUGUUGUGACAAUGCACAACGUCUGCAUCUUUCCGGGGAUACCUUCUUAUGUGAAAGCCAUAUUCGAAGGUCUCGAGGGAAACUAUUUUAUGAGUACAGAAAAAAAAUUCCACAUAAAACGGCUUUACUUGAAUGUAUGGGAGUCUGUCGUUACAGACUCUUUGAACGAGACUGUAUCUAAAUUCCCGACCAUCUCUUUUGGAUCGUACCCGAAGGUCAACUGUCCAUACUACAAAGUGGUCAUCACAAUGGAAUCAGAAAACGGAUCUGUUCUUGACGGCGCUUUGGAAUUCCUCAGGUCUCGAAUACUUGAUGAGUAUAUCACGGAUGAAGGGGGAAUGCUUGGGGACGCUUGGAUCAACUUGGAGCAGGCGUUAAACGACGGGAAAUUCAAUUCAUUCCUUGAACCAUUAGACAGAGCGAUAAAAGUUAUAGAGAGUAUUUUUGAAGAGAAUUCUCCCCAUGAAAUAUUCAUCGCUUUCAACGGCGGUAAAGACUGUACGGUGCUUCUCCAUCUCGUCCAUACAGUCCUGAACAGGAAGUAUGGCCUUGAGGAGUAUCCGAAAAUCAACGUCCUAUAUGUUAAAAAUGAAAACACUUUUAAAGAAGUCGAAGACUUUAUCUGUAAAACGACUCAGAGGUAUCGGCUGGAUUUGGUUACAAAACAAGGGCCAAUUAGGAAUGCUUUGAAUGAAUUGAAAAUGACAGAGGAAGGUAAAAGAUGGAAAAUUGCAUUGAUGGGGACAAGGAGAAACGACCCUUGCGGGAAAAACCUUGACUAUAUUCAGAAAACAGAUCAAGGUUGGUCAGAAUUAACAAGGGUUUCGCCCAUACUUGACUGGAGCUACAGCAACAUCUGGCAGUUCCUGAGGACGCUCAGCAUCCCCUACUGCAAACUAUAUGACCAAGGUUAUACAUCUUUAGACGGCAAGAACAACUCGUUAAAGAACCCGAAGUUGAGGUAUGUGGACGAGACGGGGAAAGAGUGCUUUCACCCAGCUUGGAAGCUCGACGACGAAAGCGCAGAACGAAGUGGCCGAGAGUAAAUUUUGUUGAAUAAGUCGUCAAAGUCUUUGAACAACCGUUUCUACUUAAAUUUAUUUGUUAUAAUUCUAAUUCUAUAUUUGUUAUAGUUCUAAUUAUUUAUUUGUUCAUAAUCAAAGAAAUAUUUAUUAUUAACGCUUUAUUUAAAACAUGUAGGUUUAAUUUUAGUCUAUUGACAGCGAUCAAAAAAAUAAAAGAAUAAAAAUAAUAAUAAUAAAAAAGUGCAGAGAAUUAAGCUGAUUUUCAAACAUCCAGAGGAACGCAGAGAGCUAUUUUUGAAACUUUGCAAAAUAAUUUGCAGGUAACAAUUUUUAGUUUGUAAUUAAAUGCAAAAUUACCAAAUCA